AUGUUUAAAAUGUUCUGCUGCGCUAUACAGGUUGAGGGAACAAGAGGUGUGUUCAAGAGAAUGUAUGUAUACUUGGGGGCAUGUAAAAAAGGUUUCAAGGUUGGUUGUAGGCCUGUGAUAGGACUUGAUGGGUGUUUUCUGAAGACUACACAUGGGGGUCAAUUAUUGGCAGCAGUGGGGAUUGACGGUGAGAAUUGUAUGUUUCCAAUUGCUUCGGCAGUCGUGGAUGCAGAGAAUAGAGCCAACUGGACUUGGUUUAUAGAACUUUUGGUGGUGGAUAUAGAAAUGUAUAAUAGUAGGGCUUGGACUUUCAUAUCUGACAAGCAAAAAGGAUUGGUUGAAGUCUUGAAUCAGUGUUGUGAAGGUACAGAACACAGCUGCUGCCCAAGACAUUUGCACAACAAUUUCACUCUCAAACAUAAAGGGCUAACUCUGAAGAAUUUGUUUUGGGUUGCAACCAAGUCUACAACUGUACCAGAGUGGAAUGCAGUUAUGAAUGAGAUGAAGAUGGUAAAUGAAGAAGCCUUCUGUUGGUUUAAGGAGAAGCCUGCAGCUCAAUGGACGAGAUCCCAUUUCCAGGAGAAUACGAAGUGCGAUAUCUUGUUGAAUAAAUUGUGCGAAGCUUUCAAUGCCUCCAUCGUUAUAGCUAGGGAGAAGCAUAUAAUCACAAUAUUGGAUAAGAUAAGGCAUCAACAAAUGACAUGGAUGGUUGCAAAGAGGGAGGCAGCUCAAAGGUGGGAUCGUGCAUAUGGUCCAAAAAUUGUAGGGAUAAUUGAGAAGGCUAAAUUAGACGCGAGGUUUAUGAGGGCAGAUUAUGCAGGUAAUCAAAAAUUUGAAGUUCUUAACACAGAUGGUUUGAGGUGGAGUGUGGAUUUGGGGACAAAAGAAUGUGUAUGUAGGAAAUGGCAACUGACUGGAAUUCCUUGUGCACAUGCCAUUUCUGGUAUGUUGUUAAGGAGAAUAGAAAUAGAUGAAUUGUAG